GCAGGACACUGCUUUUCUUUCACCACCGACUUGCCUUGCACCAUUUCCCCAGCUCUCCGCUCUUGUCUCCAUGGGAACACACGAGGGAGCUCUGGUGGCUCACGCGGCUGCGCUUAGAGCGGCCCUUGCAAACUCUCAGGACAUGACAGAUAACAUGAUAUUCACCUUAGAUUCAUUCGACGAGCGAUUGUCGGAGUUGGAGCGUGGAAUCAGGCCCGUACAGGCGUCCACAAGACACCACCAAAUCAUCCACAGAAACGUUACCAAGGCGCUUGACUCAGCAACCUUCAUGAUCGAGCAGUACGAGAAGUUUCGUGAGGCAAGCGUUAGAUCGGUUGGCUGGCAUCAUCGCCUUCUUCGAGCGACAUGCGGAACAGGAAGAUGCUUCGCAUGCACUGUCCUGUGCAAAGAAGCUCAUUCAAGAAGGAAUACGGAACAUGAAAGAUGCGCUCAGGAAGGAACUGCUGGAGUUGAACGAUGCUCACGUGUCCGACGCCGUCAUUGAGAACACUGAGAGUUCGGCUCUAGUCUCUCGCCUUGUGGGUUUGGUGCAAGCGCUGGUGAAGCUGGGCUUCGCGGAUGACUGCGUCAAGAUAUAUGUGGAUGUACGGCGAACCUGUGUUGAAAAGUUUUUGCAACACUCUCAGAUUGACUGGAAGUCUUUGAAAUCCGUUGAUCCUGUUUCCUUGAAGUGGAAAGACAUGGAAGGGAAACUUCAUAGUUGGAUGGACAUGUCAGCUGUUUUGACAGGCACAGUGAUGACCACUGAGGGCCUCUUAGCCAAGAAGGUCUUUCGAGGGAUGGAUGUCUUGGGGGCGAGAGCCAAGACAGGAGCUUUGGCUUACAUCAUGGGAAUCCUCGUUGACACUGGAGUUACCUUUACCAGUGUGCUCAAGUCACCUGAGAAGCUGUUUGCCACACUUGACAUGUACGAGGUUACAGAAGAGCUUUUGACACAGUGGGACGACCUUGUGAAGCGAGUUUCUUCGUUAAAGGAGAAGAUAUGUCUGGUGACUGUUCAGACCAUUCAUCAGCUUGAAGCAGCUAUUGAUCAUGAUGACAGCAAGCAGCUCCCGAGCGGCACGGUCCACCCACUUACCAGCUAUGUGAUCAACUAUCUGAAAUGCAGUCACGAGCGCUCUUUGGUGUUAGAGCGGAUGUUUGCAGAAGUGGAGAGAGGGCCUGGCUCUUUUUCACAGAUUAUGCACUCCAUACUUGAAAUGUUGUUGAAGAACCUGGACAAGAAGGCCAAGCAAUACAAGGAUUCCAGCCUGGGUUGUGUCUUCCUGAUGAACAAUGUGCAUCAUAUUGUGCAACAAAUUCAGAGGUGGGAGCUUCAGGGAGUUAUUGGAGAGGUGUGGGUCCAACAGAAAAAUGUUUCCGUGCAGCAGCUAGCAUCAGCCUAUAGACGUGCUGCUUGGAGCAAGGUAUUCAACAUUUUAUCACUUAAUGGAGAUCCAAACGAUGCAGUGCAAGUAGACUUGCAAACUAUCACGAGAGCCAUGAUUAAAGACAGGCUUAAGUUGUUCAAUGCCACUUUUGAGGAGAUCAUUGCAAAGCAGCGGCUUUGGGCCAUUCCUGACUCUGAGCUUCGUACAACGGUCCAGCUUCUUAUUGGAGAGGUGGUUGUGCCGGCUUAUCAGUCAUUUCUCUACCACGCCAGAUCCAAAGUGGAUCAGCAAGGUCGUAUGUUUCCUGGCUCGAAGGACCCUUUGGUCAAGCACAAGAAGUACAGCUUGGAAGAAGUAGAGGGCAUGAUUGGAAAACUUUUUCAAGGGCACUCUGAGCAGCUCUCAGGGACGUAGUGCGAGGAGUCGACAGGACACUCGUCUUAAUUCCACCUCAAAGUUUUGCACCAGCAAGUAAAGCCCAUUGUAGUUACAGUAUGAGCUUCUUAUAAUUAAGUAUGAAUUAC